AAAUACGUAUUGGUAUCCGGAGGUGUGAUAAGCGGUGUCGGCAAAGGCAUUAUCGCCUCGUCGACGGGCCUGCUGCUGAAGACCAUGGGUUUGAAGGUCUCUUCGAUCAAGAUUGACCCCUAUCUCAACGUCGACGCCGGUACCAUGAACCCCAAGGAGCAUGGAGAAGUCUUCGUUCUCGACGAUGGCGGUGAAGUCGACCUCGAUCUCGGCAACUACGAGCGUUACCUCAACAUCACCCUAACUCGUGAGAACAACAUCACCACGGGCAAGAUCUACCAGCACGUUAUCGAGAAGGAGCGCAGAGGAGACUAUCUGGGCCACACCGUCCAAGUGGUACCUCACAUCGUCGAUGCCAUCCAAGACUGGAUUGAGAGAGUUGCCAAGAUUCCUGUCGACGACACAAACGAAGAGCCUGAUGUCUGUAUCAUCGAGUUGGGUGGCACCGUCGGCGACAUUGAGAGCAUGCCUUUCGUCGAGGCCAUGACUCAACUCCGCGCACGCGCCGGAAGGGACAACUUCAUGCAGAUCCACGUCAGCUACGUGCCUCUGGUCCACGGCGAGCAGAAGACCAAGCCCACCCAGAUGGCCAUCAAGGCUGUGCGUAGUGCUGGUCUGAUCCCCGACCUGAUUGCAUGCCGCUGCGAAAACCCCCUCGAUUCCGGCGCCCACCAGAAGAUCGCUCGCUUCUGUCAGGUCCCCCUUCCCCAGGUCCUCGUUGUCCGCGAUAUGCCCAGUACAUACCAAGUUCCCAUCCUCCUCCAGGAGCAGGGUCUCCUGCAGAGCUUGACCGACAUCCUCCGUAUCGAUGCUAUGACCAUCUCACCAGCCCUUGCCGCCAAGGGUGCCGAAAUCUGGACCACCUGGAACAACCUGGCAUCAGGUUUAGCAACUGUCACCGACAUCGUCGAGAUUGCCCUGGUUGGAAAAUACCUCGAAUGUCCCGACAGUUAUCUCAGUGUUGUCAAGAGUGUCGAGCACGCCGCCAUGAGAUGCAAGAAGAAGCUGAAGAUUGUCUGGGUUGACGCUGAACACCUCGAGCCCCAGACCGAGCGCGCCAACCCUGCCUCCUACCACAAAGCCUGGCACGACGUCUGCACCGCUUCCGGUAUUCUAGUUCCCGGUGGUUUCGGUCAGAGAGGUACCGAGGGUAUGAUGAAGGCCGCCAAAUGGGCCCGUGAAAACGGGACUCCCUACCUUGGAAUCUGUCUCGGUAUGCAAAUCGCCGUCAUCGAGUUUGCCAGAAACGUCUGCGAGAUCCCCAUCCCCAUUUCGACAAGUCAGGAGUUUGACGCCCGCGACGAAGACCGCAUCAUUGUUUCCAUGCCCGAGCAUCACCCUGGCCAGCUUGGUGGAACCAUGAGACUCGGUCUGAGACCUACUCUGUGGCAGCCUGGCUCAGAAUGGAGUCGUCUGCGCGCCCUCUACGCAUCUGGCACUUCGGCCGACGGCCAAUCCCAGAUUCUGGAGCGCCACCGUCACAGAUAUGAAGUCAAUCCCAACUACGUCUCUACUCUGGAGUCCAAGGGUCUGAACUUCAUUGGCAAGGACGAGACUGGCGUCCGUCAGGAGAUCAUCGAACUCAAAGACCACCCCUGGUUCGUCGGUGUCCAAUACCACCCCGAGUACCUCUCCCGUGUCCUCCAUCCUAGCAAGCCCUACCUCGGAUUCAUUGCUGCAAGCGCAGGCAUGCUCGCCACAAUCACCGCCGAGACGGUCGCUGGAAGUGCAGCAAACGCAUCUUUCUAG